CUGACAUUGGGCGAAAGCUGACAUAGGACGAAGGACUGGUGGACAGGUCGCCAGUCCAUUACAGGGCCAUUUAGCCAUUCUACUCGGACAUAAACAAGGUGUCAGUGUUGUGUGUGUGAAUGUGUGUGUGAGUGUUCCAGCUUGAAACAUGGAACAGUGUGCGUGCGUGGAGCGGGAGCUGGAGAAGGUGCUCCAUCGCUUCGUAAUGUACGGCCACCAGUCUGAGGAGAGGCUAGACGAGCUUUUGCGCAGCGUCUGUGAGAUACGAGGACAGCUACUUGCUUUCGGAGUACAAGAUGCAGACUUGUCAGUCUUGUCUCAGACUAUGGCCCAGUGUUGUAAGAAUAUCAAAGAAACAGUGCAGAUGCUAGCCUCCCGACAUAAGGACAUCCAUGGUAGUGUGUCGAAAGUGGGCAAAGCCAUUGACAGAAAUUUUGAUGCAGAAAUCAGUGCUGUUGUGGCAGAGACAGUGUGGGACACCCCAGAGAGACAGAAAUAUCUGAGUGAGACAAUAGUGGAGCACCUGUACAGACAAGGGAUGCUCAGUGUGGCAGAGGAUUUGUGUCAGGAGUCUGGUGUUGUUAUAGAUAUGAGUAUGAAACAGCCGUUCCUGGAGCUGAACAGGAUCCUUGAAGCUCUGAGAAUGCAGGAUCUCAGGCCAGCACUAGAGUGGGCUGUGACGAAUCGGCAGCGACUGCUGGACCUGAACAGCAGUUUAGAGUUCAAGCUGCACCGUUUGUACUUCAUCAGUCUGCUCAGUGGUGGAAUUGGCAACCAAAUGGAAGCUCUGCAGUACGCCAGACACUUUCAGCCCUUUGCCUCUCAGCACCAGAGAGAUAUCCAGAUCUUGAUGGGCAGCCUGGUGUAUCUGCGUCAUGGCAUUGAGAACUCUCCAUACCGCACUCUGCUUGAGACCAAUCAGUGGGCAGAGAUUUGUAACAUCUUUACCAGAGAUGCCUGCGCGUUACUGGGACUCUCUGUCGAGUCUCCACUCAGUGUUAGCUUUGCAUCAGGCUGCAUGGCUCUGCCAGUGCUGAUGAACAUUAAGCAGGUGAUAGAGCAGAGACAGUGCAGUGGAGUCUGGACACACAAAGACGAGCUGCCUAUUGAAAUUGACCUUGGGAAGAAGUGCUGGUACCACUCUGUGUUUGCCUGCCCAAUACUUCGGCAGCAGACCUCGGAGAGCAACCCUCCCAUGAAACUCAUUUGCGGCCACGUCAUCUCCAGAGACGCUCUCAACAAACUGACAAAUGCUGGGAAGUUGAAAUGCCCGUACUGCCCCAUGGAGCAGAAUCCAUCACAUGCCAAACAGAUCUACUUUUGAUACCACACACUCUGCUCGUGAGUAAGGAUGAAGUUCCCUGGAGCUCUUUACAUUUCCAGGACCAUUUGCUCUGGCAAUUUCCCCCCUUGUUACUGGCCUCUUGGCCUGUUGUUGGCAUUAAG